AUGGACGAUCAGAGGAGCAAAGCAGGCAGCGUUCACAGUAAAGUCAGCAGCUACCAUGGCAGCCUUCACAGGUCUCGUGACGGCAGGUACACACCGUGCAGCUUCCGGGGUCUGGAUGAGCGUCUGACACACGGCAGCCUUCCCCGGCUCAACGACCAGUCCCGGCAGAGCAGCCUACACCGCCUGAACGACCAGUCCCGACACAGCAGCACCAGGGACCUGAGCAACCCGUCCACUCACAUCACUCACGGCACCAGCAUGAACAGGGUCAUCGAGGAGGACUGCACUAGUGCCUGAGGCCCUGCACACUGCAGCCAAGGGGCUCACUUUAACAGGGUACAGAGAAACCACAGACGUUUACAAAGCAUUGAGGAGUGGCCUUGUUGUGUAGCCGGACAAAGGGGUUAGAAACGGCCUGUGGGAACCAACCAAUGUCAGCAGCAGAGGGGAGGACGGGAGGUGGUGUUUCAGCUCUGCCCAGGGUGGCAGCGAGGUUUUGUUUUUAAUGUUAAAGAUCAGUCACAGUCUCUUUCCACACAAAAGGGAACGAAAAGAUGAGCUGACCUCAUGCCAUGUGAAGUUAGGUGUCAGUCCAGCACUGAGAGACCCGAUUACCUUCUGCUCCUCUGCACUGUUACUGAGUAACGUCCGGAUCAAGGUCUCUAACAUUUUAAACCCUCCACUUUUAUACUGUCACCUCGUCUGCGUGUUGGGCUCAAUUUCCGUCCAUGGGACCCUGCCUUCGGCCUCCGCUCUGAUAGACGUUACUCGCUGUGUUCACACACUGGCCACAACUCAUUG